CUGUCAGGAGAAGCAGAUGAUUCAACUCCCGCUAAGAAAAAGAAAAAAAAAGAUGGCCUUACGACGCCCUCAAAGGGUCGGGGAAGCAGUGAUGCAAAGUCCCAGGACAAUACUGCACCUGCCUUCGACCGGAUUCCACUUCCCCAGUUGAGCGAGGCUUAUCUGGAAGUUCGGCAAGCUAUGAACCGAGAACUUUCAAGCAUAUUUAAGCCACUGACGAAAAGCUCAUCCGAUGCUUCGGACCAAACUUCAGUUGGCACCGAACUAUCAACGUCUUUGCAUUCUAAAACCAGUGUCGUUCUCUACACUGUCUGCAACGCACAGACAGGUGAAUCUAUGCUAGCCCUUAGGCGGGGAGGUAUGGCAUGUGCAGCAUUCUCCGAUGAUGCUUCCAUUAUGGCGGCAGGCCUGGGGUCUGGAAGAAUACGGAUCUGGUCUCUGGGUCCCUCGUCUUUACUCACUAUGUUACCUCCGGAUCAACUUGCUAUGCUAGACAAAGAUGAUCAGAAUAUCAAAGCAAAGAUGCUCUAUGAUGAAGAUGAGUGA